AUGUUGCGCGUAUUGAACAGGCUCCAGCAGCAUCUGCGCCGCUACUCGGUGGCGGCGAUGCCGGCGCCGGACACGAACCCGCCGAUCCUGUACACAGGCAUAUUUAUCAAUAAUGAAUGGCACAAAUCUAAAAGCCAGAAGACCUUUCCCACCGUCAAUCCUGCCACGGGCGAGGUAAUCGCCGAAGUACAGGAAGGCGAAAGCGCGGACAUCGAUUUCGCGGUGCAGGCUGCUAGGAAGGCUUUCAAGAGAAAUUCACCAUGGAGAACCAUGGACGCCUCCCAAAGGGGGAUUCUCUUGCAUAGGCUGGCGGAUUUGCUCGAGCGCGAUCGGAAAUAUAUCGCGUCCUUAGAAACUUUAGAUAACGGCAAGCCUUAUUCGAGUUCAUAUAACGUGGACUUACCUAUGAGCGUUGGGGUGUUGAGAUAUUACGCUGGAUGGGCUGAUAAAUGGCAAGGAAAAGUUGUUCCAGCUGAUGGAAAGAUCUUUGCGUAUACUAGACACGAACCAAUAGGAGUAUGUGGUCAAAUUAUUCCGUGGAACUUUCCUAUUUUGAUGAUGGCAUGGAAAUUAGCGCCAGCUUUAGCUACAGGAAAUGUUGUCGUUCUGAAACCUGCUGAACAGACUCCGUUAACGGCUCUUUAUAUGGCACAAUUGACGAAAGAAGCUGCAUUUCCUGAUGGAGUGGUCAAUGUCGUUCCCGGUUACGGCAAAACCGGUGCCGCCUUAGUCGCUCACGAUAAAGUUGAUAAGAUCGCGUUUACGGGGUCUACUGAGGUUGGCCAGCAAAUAAAACAAAAUGCUGCUAUUCAUAAAUUAAAGAGAACGACGUUGGAAUUAGGUGGAAAGUCCCCUAAUAUCAUUCUCAAGGAUGUCGAUAUAAAUCAAGCGGUGGAAAUGGCGCAUUUUGGAUUAUUCUUUAAUAUGGGUCAAUGUUGUUGCGCAGGCUCGAGAACCUUCGUUCAAUCGAAUAUCUAUGACGAAUUCGUCGAGAAAAGUGCACUUCGCGCAAAGUCUAAGACCGUGGGAGAUCCCUUUGAUUUGAAAAUAGAGCAAGGGCCACAGAUCGACGAGACGCAGUUGAACAAAAUUAUGUGUCUGAUAAAUUCUGGUAAAGAUCAAGGCGCUAGUUUGGUAGCAGGUGGCGAUCGCAUUGGCGACAGAGGGUAUUUUGUUGCCCCAACUGUAUUUGCGGACGUUAAAGACGAUAUGACUAUAGCCAGAGAGGAGAUAUUUGGUCCGGUUCAGCAAAUCCUGAAGUUCAACGAUUUGGAGGAAGUUAUUGAGCGCGCUAAUGACACCGAUUAUGGGUUAGCCGCUGCAGUUUUCACGAAAGAUCUUAAUAAAGCAAAUUACAUAGUGCAAGGUCUUCGUGCUGGCACUGUAUGGGUCAACACAUAUAAUAUGAUAAUUCCUCAAAUGCCGUUUGGCGGCUACAAAAUGUCCGGGCAUGGCAGAGAAAACGGAGAAUACGGUCUUGAGGCGUAUACGGAAGUGAAAAGCGUAAUUACUCAACUUGAUGUAAAAAAUUCAUAAAAAUAUCAAGAUUGCUAAAAAUUUUACAAGCAUUUUUUUGCUGUAAGAGAUAGAGUGUACAAAUAUUUUUAUAUAAGUUUAAAAUUUAUUAUAGAGAUUUUUAUUCUCUUUUUGUAUUGCAGUGAAGUUUUUGUAUUGUUCCUAAAAUUACUUAUAGAUUAUGAGCACAAUAUGCAGUUACGAAUUACGAGCAUACGUAAAACGUAUAAUAAAUGUUUUUGUAUACAACCUAUAACAUGAUAGUGAGAUACAAAGAAAUAAUUUUAUAAAGAUUUGUUUAAUUGUUAAGUAUGCACAAAUACAUAAAUAAUUUUUAAUAU